AUGGGUGGUUUACCCUCAGAUUUGUUUGUGGAAGGUAGCAUGGGAGUUAGUGAGGGAGGUACUGCGAAAGGAGGAGAGGGAUUGGGGAAGGGGGAGUUGGGAGGGGGAGAGGUGGAGGUUGGAGAAUCGAGGGAGCGAGGGAGUGAGAGUGGGAAGAAGAGGGAGAGGAGGGAAGGGAGCGCAUGGGGAAAAGGUGAGAGGUAUAUGAGUGGGGGGAAGGAGAGAGGGGAUGGAAAGGAGGAAGGAAGAAAUGGAGGUAGAGAAGGGGGCGCAUGGGGGAAAGGUGGGAGGUUUAUGAGUGGGAUUUGCCUUCCUGUUUGCAUCUCUGGGGGAUUUGGUGGUGGGGGGGAGUUGGUGGAGGAAGAAGGGGAUGGGAUUGUUGUGGGGGAUGUGGAAAAUGGUGAGGAGGGUGAGGAGGGUGAGGAGGGGAGUGAAGGGGAGAAUGGUGAGGAGGGUGAGGGGGGGAGUGAGGGGAAGAAUGUGGAGGAGAGUGAGGAGGAGGAGAGUGAAGGGGAGAGUGAGGAGGAGGAGGAGGAGGAGGGGGAGGAGGAGGAGGAGGAGGAGGAGGAGGAGGAGGAGGAGGAGGAGGAGGAGGAGGAGGAGGAGGAGGAGUCAGUUGAGUGUGAGUCGUUCAAAAUGGACGUGAGGUAUGAGAAAGGGAGAGGUAGGGAGGGGACUGUGGUGGUGGAGAAAGGAGGAGAGAUUGAAGAGGGGUUGCUACCACAAGGGGGUGGAGAGAUGCAGCUGGGCAAUGGGGUGACUUUUGAGUCGACUCAAAAGUCGCCGGGGAAAGGAGGAGAUGUGGAAGAGGGGUUGGUACUACAAGGGGGUGGAGAGAAGCAGCUGGGCAAUGGGUCAUGGCAGCAGGGGGAUGGGGGAAAGAAGCAGGUCUCUGGGUCAGAUGUUGAUGUGCUGCUGGAGUUAGCAGAUGAGGUUGAGCACGGUGAAAGAGACGUUGGAGAGGGGUUGCUACAGGCGGAUGAAGGGAAGCAGGGCAAUGGGUUAGCAUGGCAUGCAGAGGGGUUGCAGCAAUGCAGUGAUGGUCUUAAGAUGGCUGACGGGUCGUGUGAGACUGGUGAGAUGAAAGGGGAUGACGGGUUGUGCAAGGCUGAUGCUGCUGCUGGGUGUAAGGUGGGUGAUGGGCCGUGUGAGGCUGAUGGGUUAAAGGGGUGCGGAAUUGAUGCUGGGUGUAAGGUGGGUAACGAAUGGAGUGAGACUGGCGGCUUGCAGACAGGUGACGGGUCUUGUGCGGCGGAGGAAGGGUGUAAGACGGGAGAAGAGCGGAGGGAGAAGGGCCGGGGGUGGAUGAGGUGGAAGAUUCUGGCUGCCGUGGGUGCUGCUGCUGUGCUUAUAGGCGGGGCUGCUGUGAUUAUGGCGAAGGGAAGGGGCUGGAAGGGGGGAGGGAGGGAAAGGUGUAGGGAUAGGAGGGAGUGGGGACAGAAGCAGGAGGAGGCACGGAGAGAGGCGGAUGGGGUGGGUCUAGAAAGGGAUGAAAGGCACGAAGGGGGAGAGAGGCGGGGAGAAACGGAAGGGUUCAUUACUCGUUUCGAGGCAGAGGACGAGGAAGAGGCAGCAGCAGCAGCAGCAGCAGCAGUGGAGGAGCGAUUCCUGUCCAGCCUGACCCUGCCUCCCUGUGACUAUGGCGAAUAUGACUAUUAUGGGGGAUAUGGCUAUGAUGGGGGAUAUGGCAAUAUUGGCGAGUAUGGGUAUCAUGGGGGUCAUCGAACGGUCUGUGCAAGGGAGUGGGUGGGGGAAGAGUGGGAAGGGAGGGAGUGGAAUGGGGCUGAUUGCGGUGCAAAGGAGUGGGAUGGUGCUGGGAGGAGUGGGAGGGAGUUGUGUGGGGAGGAUGCUGAUCUGUCACUAGGGAGCAGCACUGAUAAUGUAGAGCCCUGCUGUCCCUUAUCAUAUGUAGACUACAGCCCUCUAUACUAUGCUGAUGUUGGCGGUGCUGCUAGUGAUGAUGGGAAGAAUGGGAAUGAUGGUGCUGCCGGUGGCGCUGGUGGUGGUGAUGAUGGGGAUGAUGAUGACGACCAUGGUGCAUGCUAUAGUGACCAACGGGAAAGCUCUGACGAUCAAGAGGAUUCCGCAACGAUACUUCACGGUCGCUCGGUGUUUGACGAGAUUCUCCGUCGUGGCGCCAUGGCAGCAGCAUGGCAAAUCCUAGAUCACCAUCCAAGGGCAUCUCACCCUCCCCAGGAUCACCAUCCAAGGGCGUCUCACCCUCCCUCUGUCCCAGCAGCUCCUGCCUCCAACCACUCUCCCCUUGUGCUCUACCCCAAGCCGUUCCAUACUGAUGAGGCCGUUGAUUAUGACGCCAGUAUCGAAGCAGCUUGUAUUGAGGACAAACUGGCUGCCCUGAAUCAAAGGCAGGAGGAACCCUGGAGCCUGGGUCGGGUUUUUUCCCGGGCAGCUGACUGGUGGCUGCGGGCAGGAGAAGAGGAAUCACGGGCAGAAGGAGCUGAUGUGGAGAUGAGGAGGGUGAGGUAUGGAGGGAGAUUGAUAGGGAAGGAAAAUGCUUCUAAAGGGUACUGCGAGAGAGGAGUGAUAACAAGAGGGAGCAGACGGGGUGUGGAGACGUCUCAAAACUUAAUUAUAGAGGGAGGUGGUUUGGAGAGUGAGGGUGGGAGUAGGAUGGACGGUGGGCCGACAUGGAUUGGGAAGAAGGGGCUGAACAGGGAGAGCAGGAGGAGCGAUGGGAGAUUGCGAAUGGGCAAUGUGGAGGGGAGUGAGGCAGGGAGUGAGGAGUUAUGGAUCUUCCCCAGUGGCAGCAUCAACGAGAUUGCCAUCAACGAGAUUGCCAUCAACGAGAUUGCCAUCAACGAGAUUGCCAUCAACGAGAUUGCCAUCAACGAGAUCGCCAUCAACGAGAUUGCCAUCAACGAGAUUGCCAUCAACGAGAUUGCCAUCAACGAGAUUGCCAUCAACGAGAUUGCCAUCAACGAGAUUGCCAUCAACGAGAUUGCCAUCAACGAGAUUGCCAUCAACGAGAUUGCCAUCAACGAGAUUGCCAUCAACGAGAUUGCCAUCAACGAGAUUGCCAUCAACGAGAUUGCCAUCAACGAGAUUGCCGUCAACGAGAUUGCCAUCAACGAGAUUGCCAUCAACGAGAUUGCCAUCAACCAGAUUGCCAUCAACCAGAUUGCCAUCAACGAGAUUGCCAUCAACGAGAUUGCCAUCAACCAGAUUGCCAUCAACCAGAUUGCCAUCAACCAGAUUGCCAUCAACCAGAUUGCCAUCAACGAGAUUGCCGUCAACGAGAUUGCCGUCAACCAGAUUGCCAUCAACCAGAUUGCCAUCAACGAGAUUGCCAUCAACGAGAUUGCCAUCAAUAUCCAGCAGGUACGCCACCCCGGCUCGUCCACCAGUACGCCACGCCACCCCCGGCUCGUCCGCCAGCCAUCCCACACUACCUAA